UGUAACACUGUUGGCUGCGCGCAGCGGGUGGGAUGGGGGCGGGUGUCGGUGCUGGGGAUCUCGGAAGGGACGGAAAUAGCUGUGACACUGCCCGGCCGGUCUGAGGGGACUGUGUUGGUGUGGCACCGUUGCUCGCUCAGGGAGCCGGCGGAACCAGGUGGCCAUGGGGAUGUGGGCAUCGCUGGACCCGCUGUGGGAGAUGCCGGCCGAGAAGCGUAUCUUUGGGGCCGUGCUGCUCUUCUCCUGGGCUGUGUAUCUCUGGGAGACCUUCCUGGCCCAGCGGCAGAGACGGAUAUAUAAAACAACUACUCAUGUACCACUGGAGUUAGGACAGAUCAUGGAUUCAGAAACGUUUGAGAAAUCUCGACUGUAUCAGCUGGAUAAAAGUACCUUCAGCUUCUGGUCAGGACUCUAUUCAGAGAUUGAAGGCACUCUUAUUCUUCUCUUUGGAGGAAUCCCUUAUCUCUGGAGACUUUCUGGACGAUUCUGUGGCUAUGCUGGCUUUGGACCAGAAUAUGAGAUCACUCAGUCUUUGGUGUUUCUGCUGAUGGCUACACUUUUCAGUGCAUUGACCGGUUUGCCAUGGAGUCUUUAUAAUACUUUUGUGAUAGAAGAAAAACAUGGUUUCAAUCAACAGACUUUGGGGUUCUUCAUGAAAGAUGCAAUCAAAAAGUUUAUUGUGACUCAGUGCAUUUUAUUGCCUGUGUCUUCACUUCUACUUUACAUUAUUAAAAUUGGGGGUGACUAUUUUUUUAUUUACGCCUGGCUGUUCACAUUAGUUGUUUCUCUGGUUCUUGUCACAAUCUAUGCUGAUUAUAUUGCCCCUUUAUUUGACAAAUUCACACCUCUACCUGAGGGAAAGCUUAAACAAGAAAUUGAAAUAAUGGCAAAGAGUAUUGACUUUCCUUUGACUAAGGUGUAUGUUGUUGAAGGAUCUAAACGCUCUUCCCACAGCAAUGCUUAUUUUUAUGGCUUCUUCAAGAACAAGCGAAUAGUUUUAUUUGACACCCUACUAGAAGAGUAUUCUGUACUAAACAAAGACACCCAGGAGGAUUCUGGCAUGGAACCCCGCAAUGAUGGAGAAGGGGACAGCGAAGAAAUAAAAGCUAAAGUUAAAAAUAAGAAACAAGGGUGCAGAAAUGAGGAGGUACUUGCCGUUCUAGGCCAUGAACUGGGGCACUGGAAGUUGGGACACACAGUCAAAAAUAUCGUUAUUAGCCAGAUGAAUUCUUUCCUGUGUUUCUUCCUGUUUGCUGUAUUAAUUGGGCGAAAGGAGCUUUUUGCUGCAUUUGGGUUUUUUGACAGCCAGCCCACUCUAAUCGGACUGUUGAUCAUCUUCCAGUUUAUUUUUUCACCUUACAACGAGGUUCUUUCUUUUUGCCUAACAGUCCUGAGCCGCAGAUUUGAGUUUCAAGCUGAUGCAUUUGCCAAGAAACUUGGGAAGGCUAAAGACUUAUAUUCUGCUCUAAUCAAACUAAACAAAGAUAACUUGGGAUUCCCUGUUUCUGACUGGCUGUUUUCCAUGUGGCAUUACUCGCACCCUCCGCUACUAGAGAGGCUUCAAGCUCUGGAAAGUUCAAAACAAGACUGACUUGCCCAGGGUCUGUGGCUGGACACAUUUCUGAUUGUUUCUGUCCUGACAGCAUGCUCUGGCUCUUAAUGGUUUUAAUUUUUCUUUUUAAAGAAAACUAUUAAGUACAGAAAGCCCAGAUUUAAAUAUAUUUAAUAUCAUUUCAAAGAUUAUUUUAAUAAUCCAUUUCUUAAUGAAACACUGGAUGAAGUUUUAAGGCUUGUACUUUUAUCUUUAACAUCAAAUUUGCCAUCAACUUGUAAAAAAGUUUUUUAAUGGAUUUUUAGAGAGAGAGAGAGAGAGAGAGAGAGAGAGAAACCAACCCCGAUUUGUUGUUCCACUUAUUUACACGUUCAUUGGUUGAUUCUUUUGAUUCUUGUAUGUACCCUGACCAGGGAUCAACCCCACCACCUUAGUGUAUCUGGACAACGUUCUAACCAGCUGAGCUACCCCCAGCCAGGGCCAUCAACUUGUAAAUUUUUUGAGCUAUACAAGGUGUUUGGGGCAUAUGUUUAAAAGAGAACACACCACCUCCAAGUCCUGUCUGUAAUACAGAAAUAGUGGCGCCAAACCGUUUUCAUGCUGUUAUGAUUUAAUCUGGCCAAUCAGUGUUUUAAAUAAGGAAGAGAGAUAAUAAUUGGUAAGGCUGAUGUUAUUUAAAUGAAAGUAGUUAGAAAUAUGCCCUAUUCUACCAAAUUUCUCUGUUUCCUCUCUUGCUACACAUUGAUCAGGAAUUUCCAAUAGUGCUUUGAAAUUACAAAUUAUGUGUAGAAUGUUUCAAAUCAUUGGGUUGUGUUUUUGUUUUUAAGAAAGUCUCAGUCUUUAUCUUUACUUCCACCUGGUGAGUAUGAUCUGACCCAUUAGGGGUAAACUAGUAUUUUUCAAAGCAUUCAGCUUUUUCCUCAUUCAUACUCUUUUAUUCAAUAGAUGGUAUAUCCAUUCACUUAGCAGAAAUUGCCAUAUUGAACAGGUUUUGCUAUUUUUAAAGUGGUGGAAUGUGGAAAGAAGAAGAAAUGAUAUUUUAAGAGACAUGAGGGUGAAAAUGCUGGCGAUUCUCUUACUAUAGGAAAAAAUAUAGUUUUCUAUCUCUUUCAAGGACAGAAGAGUUUUGGUUUUUAUUUUUGUAAUUUUUAUUAGUAAGUUGUAAGUGCUAUUUAAUUGGGCCUGGUUCCAUUUUUGAAAAUUACACCUCUUGAUAUGCAGAUCAUUUUUCUUUUUAAAACAGAUGUCACAAAAUACUUCUUUUUCAGUUUAAAAAGCUUCAUGUUUGACUGCUUCAAAUCUCUAUCCACUUCCUGUAUGAGAACUUUGUGCCUAACUCGCAGUGGUAAUGCUUACCUUACGGGCAUUUAUUCCAAAGUGGGAUCAACUGUGUACCCUUGAUAUCCGGCCAGAAAGUCUUUUGCUCAGCUCAUAAUUGGGUGAUGUCUUCACAUGGAAACAUAAUAAAAAUAAAAAUCUAGUUUAGUACUGCAUUAUUUAUUUCCCUAAGGCUAAAGAGGAGCAGUCCUGUGAUUUUACCUAGCAUCCUUUAUUGUGGAUCCAUGCUGUGUUAACUGCCUUUUCUCCCUUCUGUGCCUUUAAAUGCAAAUUUCAGUUCUGCACAAGUGAGACAUUAAAAAUUGCCAUUGCA